AUGUCUGACAAGAUCGAAGCUGAGAUUUUUGAAUUGAUUAAGAAGUCUAACUUCAGGUUAUGCAAUGAAAGGAUAGGUCAAUUGAGGAGACAGUACCCAAAAUCUUCUUAUUUCGAAGUGUUAGAAACAUAUAUCAAGUACAAACAAAGUCCUACAAAAUUUGAUUAUGAGAAAUUAUUAGGUGAAAAAUUUGGAAUUAAUGGUAAACUCAUAACUAGUGAUCUUAAGGCUUUAGAUCUUUUGCAUACAUUUUUCAUUGAACUAGAAAGAUAUCCUGAAUCAUUGAAUGUCUACGAAAGGGCCAUCUUCAAGUAUCCAACUUUUGAAUUGGCAUCAGCUUGGUUCGAUAAAUCGCUAAAUGAUUCAAAUUUUAUGCAUAUGGCUAAGGCAAGUUUACAAAUGGUAAAAUAUUCAAACGAAAAUAGCGAAUACUCUUCUUAUUUGCAAAAUAGAGAUUUCAAUUUUUGGUAUGGUAUCUCAAUCGCAGCUUUAUUCAAAUUCCAACCACACAGAAUUACUGAGCAAGAGAAACGUAUCUUACCAACUUUAGCCUACAAGACAAUAUCGAAUUUAAAACCAUUUAAUUCACAUGAGGAAUUAAUUGUAUUUUGUACAAUUUGUGAACAAUUGUUCCCAAAUGACAGAGCCAAGGCAUCGGAGAUUGUCCAAGAGAUAUUCCCAACUUUAGAGAAAUCAGUUAACUUAACACUAAAAAACUUUAUUGUUCAUAAUGCUUCAAUCAUUGAAGAUAACCAAUUGUUAUUUAACAGCUGUCAAAUUAUUUUAAAAAGCAUUGAUGAUUAUGAUGUGAUUAAACACUUUUUAAGAUCAGGGAAAGCUCUUGGGAAAUCUAAACAAGAAUUGGGACAAUUAAUUUUAUCCCUAGUAGGAGAUACAAGAAAUUAUAGACUAUCUUUCUUAGAAGGUGAUUUAAUUUAUGACUCAAAAAUCACCGAUGAUUCAUUGAAAUUCUAUUUGGAGAAAUUUCACAACAAAGCAUGCUCUUCAAUUGACAUUAACAAUUAUAAAAAUCAUUUAGAUGAAGCAACGAUCAAGUCAACCUUCAAUUUAUUUUCAUCUGAAGAUGUUAUUCAUGAUGCUAAUACAUUUAAGUUAAAUAUCAAUGACUCUACUUCAUCAGAACUAUAUAUGAAACACAAGGAAUCAUUAAAUUCAAAGGCUAUAACUGAUUACUCCUCAAAUAGUGUCUUUAUUUUGGAUUUAGUGCAAAAGCUACUUCUAAAAGAAGACCCUAGCCUAGAAGAUAUUUUGUUAAGUUUAACUUUGCUUGAGAAUUAUCAAGUAAAAGAUGAGCAUAACUUUGAUACAAAAUUAUGGAUUAUUGUAAGUUAUAUGCAUUUAGGUUGCAUUCCAAUAGCAUAUAGUAAUUAUUUGGAUUUAAAAAUUAAAAAUGUUCAAAAUGAUAUCAUUGAUCAUCUAAUAUACAGCAGAAUGUCGACGCUAUUCCCUCAGAAACAACAUGAUUACUUCAUCAAUUUUAGAGAAUCUAUCAGAAAUUUAUAUGAAGGUUCAUUAAAUCGUUUACCACAAUUUAUAAGAAUUGCAUUUGAGAGGAAAGCUUACAGUAAAAUCUUAGGUAUGAUAGAAUUUAGAGAUAAACUGGAAAGAUCUUCAAUGAAAUGGUUAAAAGAAAUAGAAAUGUUACAAUUAGCAGGAAUUUCUAAUGAUAAACGUGGCCCAUUGAUUAAAAAAAUGCAAGAAUCAUGGAGGAAUAUCGAAAUUACAGGUAAUAUUACCUUCUCUGACAACAGAGAUUGGAGUAGUUUUAAUUGCAAUAUCAAUAAAAAAGAGCUUCCAAACAUUAUGCGGAGUAUGCAAGUUUCUGAAACAGCGAUUAUGAUUAAUAUCAUCAAAGAAUUAAUGAUCGAUGCUGUAUCGACAAAUUCAACAAAUGGUAAAAUCGAUGAGCUUAUUUUGAGUACUUUUAACAACGACAUGUCCAAAAUUCUAGAGAUGAAUUUAACAGAAGAUGAAAUCUGGUCAUUCAAUAUCAUAUUUGAUCUAUACAAGAAUAAUGGUGAAAAUUUAACAAAAUUAUUAUCUGCAGAAACAAUUCCAUUAUCAAACAGGACAAUGUGGAAUCUUUCUCAUGGUUAUUUGAUGAAAGUAGGCACUUUGAAGACACUAGACAACAUUAAACGAAUCAAGGACCCAGUCACUAAAUCUAAUAUAAAAAAACAGUUACAAGAUUUAAGAGGAUCAGCUGAUGAUUUAUAUAAAUCGUAUUCAAAUAAAAUCAAGCAAGCACAUGAAAACCUCGCAUCAAAUGACGAAACUAAUAAACUGUUACAAGAUUUAGGAUUUGUACCAUUGCAACUUUCAAGAAUUACAGAAACCAUUCUAAUGGUUCAAAAGACUGUUCGCAAUCUAUAA